GCAGCUCGGCCGUAGGCUAUUUGGCCGUCUAUCGCAUCUGUUUUGCCUUGUGUUGCUUCUUUGCACUUUGGGCCCUCAUGAUGGUCGGGGUUCGUUCGUCCAAGGAUCCACGUGCUGCCCUGCAAAACGGGUUCUGGGGAAUUAAGUUUAUGAUCGUGGCCGCUAUCGCCAUUGGAGCAUUCUUCAUUCCGGAGACUGGAUUCGGUCCGGCUUGGAUGUGGGUCGGUCUGAUUGGUGGAUUUGCUUUCAUCCUGGUACAAUUGGUCUACAUCGUAGAUUUUGCCCACUCGUGGGCAGAAGCCUGGGUUAGCAACUACGAGGAAGAGGAAUCACGCGGAUGGUUCGCUGCGUUGUGCUGCGUCACCGGCUUGCAAUAUGCUCUUUCGCUGACCGGAAUCGCACUGCUCUACGUUUACUUUACCGAAGCCGACAAUUGCUCGUUGAACAAAUUCUUCAUCACGUUCAAUAUGAUCCUGUGCUUGGGAAUCAGCAUUAUAUCGAUUUGGCCCAAGAUCCAGGAGCACGCACCCAAGUCGGGCCUGCUACAAAGCUCGAUGGUAACGCUGUACACAGUCUAUUUGACUUGGUCGGCCGUGGCCAACAAUCCGGAUACCGAAUGCAACCCGGGAUUCCUGGGAAUCAUCGGCGACAAGCAAAAUAAGGUUCACUUCGACAAAACGAGCAUCAUCGGCUUGGUCAUCUGGAUGUUGUGCAUUCUGUACUCGACGCUGCGCUCGGCCAACAAUGUGUCCCGUCUGGCUGAUCCGGAAAAGCAAGGUGAGUGGUCGGGAUUGCGCGUUUUAUUUGUAGUUUUCUGCCAUGGCUUCAACAUCUUUCAUUUUGUCAGUUUGUAA